AUGCGUGCAGACAUUGGCCAUUAUGCCAGAGACGUCGCCAAUUCCAUCCCAUCCUUCCACGGCCAGAGUGCUGUCGGUGAUUUGCAACUAUUAUUCGGCAAUGUCAUUUUAACUAUAGUGCUGUCAAGCUUUGGAAUAGUCGGUUUCUCAAUUUGGUCGAUACGGAGAUCGUGGCAACGUCCGACUAAGAAGGUCGCGCUCCACGGACGCGUAGUCUUCGCGAAAUCGGUAUUUUCUACUCUCAUGGGAGCUUUGAUCUUCGCUACACUGGGUUCGCUCCACGGCGCCGCCCGACGUUUCGCCAUCUGUGCCGCGGCUCUGCAACUUUGCUGCUCGAUAUUCCUUUCACUGGCCGUGGUAGUUAGCCACUUGUGGGAGAUACGCGCUUCAUCUUUCGGACAACUAUUUACGGCAGCGUGGGGACUCACGGACAUCGCACGCAUUAUACUUCUCGCCGAGUCAGACGAAACGAAGGCAUGCUUGGGUAUCUUAUCUUCCAUUCUAGGAGUGAAAGUCCUGCUUCUGGUGGUCGAAGAGAUCAGCAAACGAAAUGUCUUGAAUAUACCCUACAGCAAGUAUCCGCCCGAGGCACUCAGCGGCAUCAUCAAUCGCGUGUUCGUUCUCUGGCUUAAUCCACUCAUGUGGCGGGGUAUUGCGGGAGAGCCACUCUCACUUCCCGAGCUCUCUCAAUGCGAGACCGAAUUUACCAGUGCAGGAUUGUCGCGUACUGUGGAUGUGGUAUGGGAGAAGAAGGCUAUUGGAAGGAGCAAGCAUAAUCUCUUCUUGCUGCUCGCAUGGGAAUUUCGAUGGCUAUUUCUUAUCCCAACUCCGACGCGGUUCGCCCAGGCUGCAUUUCAGUUCGUCCAGCCUUUUCUUAUCCAACGGACUCUGAACUGGUACGACGCUCGGGAUGACACUGAUCCUCAGAGUGUGGCAUGGGGGCUCAUCGUCUCGUAUGGAUUGGUUUACCUGGGAAUUGCACUCACAACGGCAUAUAGCCAAUACCAGAUUGUGCGCUUCAUUGCCGCUAUACGAGGAACUCUUGUUCUUCUUAUUUUCCGAAAAUCCCUUGAACUACAGAAAUCCGAUAUGGCACCACUGACACUGAUGAGUACCGAUGUUGAGCGCAUUAUACAAGGCUUGCAUUACGUUCACGAAUCAUUUGUCAGUCUCUUUACAUUCAGUGUGGCAUUGUGGCUUCUCAAACGGCAGCUUGGCGUGGGUGCCAUCGCUCCGAUUGUGGUGUCGGUCUGUAGCAUGCUUGUGAUUGCGACAUUCGGUAAAAGCAUCAGCAAUGCACAGAAGCGCUGGGUCGAGGCCGUGGAGAAGCGUGUCAGCGUUACCACUGACAUACUCACUUCCAUAAAAGGCAUCAAGAUGUCUGGUCUAGGCAAAUAUUCCUCCGCCCUACUUCAGGGUCUACGGGAAACCGAGCUGGUUGUAUCACUGACCAUGCGACGCUUCCUAACUGUUGGAAUUGGCCUUUCAUUCACCACCCCAACCCUUUCCCCUAUGGUGGGAUUUGCAGUAUAUACUGCCCUGGCUUCACAUCAUGGAAAUACACUUUUGGCUGCGACAGCCUUCCCAGCGCUCUCGAUCUUCAGUCUCCUGAGCAGUCCGCUCAGUAUUCUGAUUCAAAGUUUACCUGGGGUGAUUGCAAUGUUUGCCUGCUUCGAACGCAUAGGAAAUUUCCUCCAGCGGGAUUCCCGAAAUGAUACCAGAUAUUUGAUGAACUCGGCCACCACAUCUGUUGAGAAAAUGCUGUCAGUUGAGCUGCGACCAUCUAGCAGCCAAGGGUCUUUCUCGACAAAGUUGGGCCGUGAUUUGAUCCGUGUUGUAGACGGGAAGCUCUGGCGCACUACAGACAGCGAGCCAAUAUUGCAGGAUCUCAACCUCCGAAUCAAGCGUGGGACACUAACAGCAGUGGUUGGACCUUCCGGGUGUGGUAAGACGACUCUAUUUGAGGCCCUAUUGGGGGAGCUUCCAUGUCCACUUGACUCUAUCCAAGUUGACUCCGCAUUCGACCUACGAACCGGUAUCGCAUACUGCUCACAACAACCAUGGCUCAGAAAUGACACUGUUCGGAAUAACAUCAUCGCCGGCAUGCCAUACAAUGAAGCCUGGUAUAACACCGUAAUUCAUGCUUGUGCAUUGGAGGAAAUUAUCCAGAAGCUGAGUGAAGGAAUGGCCGGCAGUGGAGGCACGAGCCUGAGUGGAGGGCAGAAGCAGAGAAUUUCGUUGGCACGCGCCGUAUACUCGCGUCGCCCACUUCUUCUGCUUGAUGACUCCCUUUCAGGAAUUGAUAAUCUCUCCAUACAGCAUAUUUUUGAUCGUUUGCUGGGUGCUGAUGGCUUGAUAAAGCAGACGGGUACAACUGCCAUCCUUGCAACACAGAAUGUAAAAAACGCAAGUCUUUUCGAUCAGAUCAUCACUCUCGAUGGUGAUGGAACAGUGCUCGAACGCAAAUCCCCUGCCGACGCUGAGAAGAAAUCCGACAACCCAAUCGGCCCGGGGAAGCUUCCAAUUGAAGCGCCAAUUUCCAUAUCCCAGAAUCCAUUCGCGUUUGCUCUGGAGGCCAGGUUUGAGACUGCGGCUUCUGACCCUCGCGACCGUCGGAAAGGUGAACUGGGUGCAUACAAAUACUACUUUGCCUCCUUGGGCUUCAGGAAAUUGGGCCUCGCCGUCUUUCUGGUCGUAUCUUAUGUAUUCUUCUCCUUGUUCCCCCAAAUUUGGCUUGAAUGGUGGACUGCGUCUAAUGUAGACCACCCUAACAACAGGUUGGGCUACUGGAUCGGGGUUUACGCUGUUUUUGGAUUCCUAGCCGUCUUCUCACUGAUUGCUGCUUCAUGGCUCAUGCUCUGCAACAUGGUGAAGGACUCAGCGGAGUCUCUGCAUUUAGAACUGGUGCAGACUGUUGAGCGGGCCGUCGCAUCUGUGUUUACUUCUACGGAUCCAGGAAUUACAGUGAACCGAUUCAGUCAGGAUAUGGCUUUGGUCGAUAUGGAAUUGCCUAUGGCCUUCGCCAACACCAUUAUCUGUCAGUUUGUAUCUCCCCAAUACCUGCCCUGCGGUUCGCUAAUAUAUCCAGCCUUCACAACCUGCGUCGCACAACUCGUCAUCAUUGCUGUAUCUUCACGUUAUCUUGGUGCCACCAUCCCUUUCAUCCUCGGCGUUUGUAUUCUCACCCAACGGUUAUACAUUCGAACGUCACGACAAUUACGGUUCUUUGAUAUCGAAGCCAAGAGUCCGUUGUACACGGAGUUCAUUGAACUGCUAAAUGGCCUCCAUGUGGUUCGUGCCUUCGAUAUGCAGAAGGAAUUUGAGCAACGACUUGCCACAGCACUCGACGCAUCACAGAAGCCAUUUUAUCUCCUCCUCUGUGCGCAGCGAUGGCUGGGUUUGGUACUAAAUUUGGUGAAUCUAGGCCUAGCGUUGAUCUUAGUUGGUGUCACAACAGCCACUCGUGGUCUCUCAGGCGGCUUUUUGGGUGUUGCGCUGAUCAAUCUGACUAGCUUUGGACCAAGCUUGUCCGACUUGGUCGAUGUGUGGUGUACGUUGGAGAAUAGUCUCGCGGCGGUUGAGCGUGUGAAAUACUUCUCCGAGGAAACCCCGAAAGAGUCCACAGGCUCGCCGGUUAGCCCGUCGCCAGGCUGGCCCGAGCUAGGGGCCAUUCAAAUACAGGAGCUAUGUCUGGGGUACGACUCCGAUUCACUCGCCGUCAAAUCCCUUUCACUUGCCAUUCCAGCAGGAAAGAAGAUUGCCGUAUGUGGCCGAAGUGGCAGCGGAAAAUCAACGUUAUGCAUGGCUCUCUUCCGUAUGCUUGAACCGAUAUCCGGCACCAUCUCGAUCGAUGGACAAGACAUAUCCCGAGUCCCCCACGAAGUUCUCCGCUCGGCGCUUUCUGUUGUCCCUCAGGAUGCAGUGAUCCUAGGAGGAUCAAUCCGACUCAAUGUUGACCCUGAAAAUCAGCAUUCUGACACAGAAGUCAUUGAAGCAUUAGAACAAGCCGAACUGUGGGAAUCCGUCAAAGAGCGAUUCGGGAAAGAAGACGAUACAAGCGCCGAAUCUCUUUCCGGGGGCCAGAAGAAGCAACUCUGUCUUGCACGCGCGUUGGUCAAAAAGAGUAAAAUCUUGGUUUUGGAUGAGGCAACAGCCAGUGCCGACCCUGCAACCGAUCAAAAGGUCCAUGAACUUGUUAAUCGAGGUCUGCCUGGAACGACGGUUGUUUCUGUUAUACAUCGGUUGAAGCAUGUUGGUUUGUAUGAUCUCGUCGCUGUCUUUGACGACGGUGAGCUGGUGGAGAUGGGUAACCCGGUCGAGCUGCUCGAGGACUCGGCUUCGAGACUAGCGGAGCUCUUUGUACGUGAUUGA